AUGGGCAAAGAAGCUAUGCAUCAAUUAGCUAGUGCUCAUGUUCUUAUAUCAGGCAUGCGUGGUCUUGGUGUUGAAAUAGCUAAAAAUAUUGUAUUGGGAGGUGCUAAAUCAGUUAUUGUUCAUGAUUCUGGUAAUGUCGAUUAUAAAGAUCUUUCAUCACAAUAUUACUUUACUGAAUCGAAUAUUGGUCAAAAUCGAGCUGAAGUUGCUAAUAAACAUUUAUCUGAAUUAAAUAAUUAUGUUAAUGUAUCAUUUUAUUCUGGAAUUGUGGAUGAAACAUUUCUUCAAAAGAAUAAAGUCAAUGUGUUUGUUUUAACCGAUGCUAAUAUGGAUGAUCAAAUAAAGAUAGGUGAUUAUUGUCAUCAACAUGGAAUAAAAUUUAUCAAUGCAAAUACAAAAGGUUUAUUUGGACAAAUCUUUUGUGAUUUUGGUCGAAAUUUCGAGGUAAUCGAUACAAAUGGUGAACAUCCUUUAACACAAAUUGUGACAGAAAUUAGUCAUGAUGAAGCAGGUGUAGUUUUUAUGUCAACAGAUACCAGACAUGGUUUUGAAGAUGGUUCAUAUGUAACUUUUCAUGGCGUAAAAGGAAUGACUGAAGUUAAUGAGCGAGAAUUCAAAAUCUCUGUACCAAGUCCAUUUACAUUUACCAUUGGAGAUACAAGAAGUUUUGGUACUUAUGAAGGUGGUGGAACUGUAACUGAAGUCAAAAAACCAGAAAUUGUGCAUUUUAAACCUUUUUCUGAAUCAUUAAAAGAUCCUGAAAUGCUAGUUUGUGAUUUUUCCAAAAUGUCAAUGCCAGCGAAUCUUCAUUUAGCAUAUCAAGCUUUAUCAUAUUUUCAAAAACAAUACAAUACAUUACCAAAACCAUGGGAUGAUAUUGAUGCAGAUAAGUUCUAUGAUAUAGUUGAAAAAUUAAAUAGUGAAAAUCGUGAAAAAGUGUUAACAGAUGAACUAAAUAAACAUUGGAUAAAGUUAUUUGCUAAAAUAUGUACUGGUGAUUUAUGUCCAAUUCAAGCUGUUAUUGGUGGUGUUGCUGCUCAAGAAGCCAUGAAAGCAGUAACAGGAAAAUUUAUGCCAAUUCGACAAUUCUUCUAUUUUGAUGCCAUUGAAUGUUUACCUGAAAAUGUUUUUCAACCAUCAAAUGAAAACACAACAACUGAAUCAAAUAUAAUACCAAAAUUACCAACAAAAUCUUCACGAUAUUAUUCACAAGAAAUCGUUUUUGGUGAAGAUUUUCAAGAAAAACUAGGAAAAUCAAAAUAUUUUGUUGUUGGUUCGGGUGCAAUAGGUUGUGAAAUGUUGAAAAACUUUGCUAUGAUGGGUAUUGGAUGUUUGAAGGAAGGUCAUGUAUAUGUAACAGAUAUGGAUUCAAUUGAAAAAUCAAAUCUAAAUCGACAAUUUCUAUUUCGUUCAUGGGAUAUUGGGAAAAUGAAAUCGACAGUUGCAGCUGAAGCGGUAAAAGCAAUGAACCCAAAUAUGCAUGUCCGGGCAUAUGUGGAUGGAGUUUUACCAGAAACCGAACAUAUUUAUGAUGAUCAUUUUUUCGAACGAUUGGAUAGUGUUGUUAAUGCACUCGACAACGUCAAAGCUCGUCAAUACAUUGAUCGCCGUUGUGUCUAUUAUCAAAAACCAUUGGUUGAUAGUGGUACAUUAGGUACAAAAGCAAGUGUUCAAGUUGUUGUUCCAUUUCUUACUGAAUCCUAUUCAUCAACCAAUGAUCCACCUGAUCCAUCAGUACCAAUGUGUACUUUACGUAACUUUCCAAAUUUAAUUGAACAUACAAUUGAAUGGGCACGUGAUAAUUUUGCUGGUCUCUUCACAAUACCUCCCCAACAAGCUGACGAAUUCAUGCGAAAUCCAAAAGAAUUUGCUGAACGAACAGCUAAGAAUCAUUCAGAAUAUGAUAAAACAGAAAUAAUUGAAAAUGUUAAACGUAUUCUUGGUGAAGAACAUCCAAACAGUUUCACUGAUUGUAUCAAAUGGUCACGAAAUCUUUUCGAACAACAAUUUCAUAAUACUAUUGCUCAGUUACUUUACAAUUUUCCACGUGAUCACAUAACAAGUAAAGGUGAACGUUUUUGGAGUGGAAAUAAACGAUGUCCUCAUGUUUUAAAAUUUGAUGCUCAUAAUAAACUUCAUCUGGAUUUCAUUUUUGCUGCAUCAAAUUUACUUGCACACAUAUAUCACAUACCACAAAUACGUGAUCGUAAAUUAAUUGCCGAAGAAGUUGUAAAAGUACAUGUACCUGAAUUUAAACCAAAAGCUGGUAUAACAAUACAUGAAAAUGAUGAACAAGUUAGAGCUGACCUUGAACGACAAAAAAAUAUGAGUGCAAUGCGUAAAAAUGGUCAGAGUGCAAAUGAUGUAGAGGUCGAACAAAUUCUUAGUCGAUUACCAAAACCUGAUGAUGUACUUGAUAUUAAAAUUCAACCACAUGAAUUUGAAAAAGAUGAUGAUACUAACUUUCAUAUGGAUUAUAUUACAGCAACAGCUAAUUUACGAGCUGAAAAUUAUGAAAUACAAAGAGCUGAUCGAAGUAAAAUCAAAAGAAUUGCAGGAAAUAUUAUUCCUGCUAUUGCAACAACAACAGCCAUGGUCACUGGACUUGUUUGUCUUGAAGUUUAUAAAUUUGUUCAACAUCAUAAAAAGAUAGAAUCAUAUCGAAAUGCAUUUGUUAAUUUGGCUUUACCAUUUUUUGGAUUUUCUGAACCAGUACCACCAAAAUGUCAAAAAUAUCUUGACAAAGAUUUUACAUUAUGGGAUCGAUUUGAAGUAAAAGGUGAAAUGACAUUAGAAGAAUUUAUUGAAUACUUCAAACGUGAACAUAAGUUAGUACCGAACAUGGUCUCAGCAGGAAUGUCCGUUAUUUAUAGUCCACAUUUCAUGCGUCAAACAAGUAAAGCACAAGAUAUGAAACGCAAAAUUUCUGAUCUGUUUGAAACGGUGACAAAAUCAAAGAUUCCUGCUCAUGUUCGUUCUCUUACAUUGGAUAUGUUAUGUGAUGAUCUGGAAGGAAAUGACGUUGAAGAUGUUCCUUAUAUUAAAUAUACAUUCAGAUGA